AUGGCAGUCUGUGAUCUCCUGAAGGAGGCGCCCUUCUCCUCCUGUAACAGUGACAUUGACCCAGAGCCCUACAUAACCGCCUGCACCGACACUUUGUGCAAAUAUCCUGCAGUGGACGGACUCAACUGUCAGUUCCUGAAGGCCUACGCCAGAGCCUGCAGUCUACACAACCACGCUCUGGAUGGCUGGACAUCAAAGACCAGCUGCUCCUCUGAGGCCUUCUGUCAGGACAGGACCUGCAGUGAUCACGAGUUCUGUGGUGAGAAGACGGUCGGUGGUGACACUCGCUGCUUCUGUCGGGCCAUUUUUGCCUCCAAGUACCAAGAAAACAACUCUUUGGGUGAUCCAACGGUCUGCAUGCAGGACUCUGCUUCACUAACUCUGGUCGGUUGUCUCCUGGAGGACAAAGGCAUCGACUACUCUUCUAUGGGGCCCGGCCGAGCACAGUUCGAAAAAGGUCUGGAGAUCAACAGACAAAUUGAUGCUGCUGCAGUGAUGACGCUGUACCAGUCCAUCGUGGUGAAAAGAAAGCUGAGUGUAAAAGCGAAGCUCUCAAUUGCCCGAGGGCAAACAUCUAAACACGCAUUGAAGCACACAGAGAAACAUACAACCAUGAAGCAGAACGUGUCAAUGGACAGAGAGAAACAGAGGGCUUGA